AUACAAGCUAUGGGGAAGUCAGUACUGAUAACCGGUUGUUCGGAGACCACGAUUGGCAAUGCACUUGCCCUCGAAUUCGCCGAACGAGGAUGGACAGUCUAUGCAACGGCUCGGAACACCGCGAAAAUGGCCAAUUUAAAAGGAAACCCCAACAUCAAACUUCUCGCGCUUGAUGUCUUGAAUGCGAAGAGUGUUUUUGCCGCCCGGGAACAGAUCUCCGUUGAGCAAGGAGGCAAGCUGGAUUGCCUGUACCACAAUGCUGGCGCCACGACCGCAGGCGAAGAGCAGCCAUACAUUCGCAGUAGCGACGUCUGGAUGUUCCAAUCGAACGUCAUUGCCGUCAUGGCCCUCACACGCGCCUUUUCGAAACUCAUCGUUGCAGCGAAAGGAACGAUCGCUAUCACCGGCAGUGGCGCUGGCCGCGUACAGAUACCUACCAAUGCGACCUAUAAUGCAACUAAAGCGGCUGUGGAGAUGUACGCCAAAACGUUGCGAAUUGAGCUGCAGCCCUUCGGAUGUCAUGUCGUAUACGUGAUGACCGGCGAGAUUGCGACGCCUAUGUACUCACAACGUAUGACGAUCGCUGAUGAUUCGCUAUAUAAGCCAAUCGCGGACAAGAUUGCUGCUCAAUGGGAGCGAACGUCUGGAGAUGUGCCGCAGUCUACAGAAGAAUACGCUCGAUAUGUUGUUGAAAGAGUGGCGAAGUCGAGUCCGCCAAAGGAAGUCUGGUCUGGUACCGGGGUCACAGCGUUAUGGUGGGCUGAGAAGUUGGGGUUGACAUGGCUCUUUGAUAGUAUGUUAUCUCGGCGCCAUGGUUUGGAUGCGUCACUAUCAUAA